AUGUGCAACGGGGAGUUCUUCAGCAAGGAACCAAAUGAGAUUUUAUCAUUCUUCAAUUAUUUAGCUGAGAGUGCCCAACAAUGGAACACAAGCCACGAACGGGCACCAAUGGUAGCACAACCUCUUAGUGUGAUUAGUGGUGGAGGCAGAUACGAGGUCAAAGAGGAAACUAGUCUACAGGCUCGUGUUGCUGCAUUAUUUAAGAAAUUAGAGGUUAUGGCAUUAGAAAAAGUGAAAGUUGAAGAUUGCUUUAUUUAUGAUACCUCCGACCACAGAAUUCAAGAUUGUCAUUUACUACUAGUUUGGCAGGAGAGUAGAUCUGAUCGGGCCCCUGUUAUUCUUGGGCGACCAUUCCUUGCUAGUUCUAAUGUUUUGAUUAAUUGUCUAAGAGUACUUAAGCUCACGUUCGAAAAUAUGACACUGGAGAUGAACAUGUUUAAUAAUAUGACGAUUGGGUGUGAUGAUUUAGAGGUAGACGCAGUGGAUGUGGAAGAUGACCUGGAUAUGUUAGAACUGUUGUCAGCAUUUGGUUGUGAUGGUGCAUUUGAGAAUAAAGCUCCUGAGCAACCUAAGGUAUUUGAUGAAAAAGUUCCCUUGAUUAGAGAGUUACUUGAAUCAGAAGGGAAGUCCAUAGAGAUAGAUGCAAUUCCAGCCUGUGAUGCGUGA